CUCAGCCAAUUGAAACAUCUUCUUAAAGAUCGCAUGUAAAGCACAUUUACAAAUUACUUGUCUCAUUUCAGAUAUUGUUUUUGAAGAGUAAUAUUCCAUAAAAUGUCAUUUGGCAAAUCAAACAGAUUUUCAGACAGAACGCACCAAGAUAUGACUGGUCAUCAUGGGCAUCAUGGCUAUCACGGUCAUCAUGAAGACCAUGGACAUUAUCAGCAGCAAGUCCAGCAAUUAAAACAUUGCCAACGAACUGCCGACGCAAGUGCCCAAAUGGUAUACGAAGUAUAUGGCAACUGCAUAGCUAUUUUAGAAGAAUUCGAGCAAAGAGAACAGAAAUCAAAUCGAUUAACAAAAUCAAAUAUAAACCUUCCUGACCAAUCUCAUAAAGGAGAUUAUGACGUAAGACGAAUACUUGAAGCCCAGUUAUUGAUGCUGGAGACUCAAAUAAAAAGUUGCCGUGAUGAUGUUCGAGAUAAGGUGAUAAAAACCCUGAAAGAUUUAACAAUGGGAUGGUACGCUGAAAGACACGACAAGCAGCUCCCUACGGACAGUUAUACGGAUAAAUAUGCUGCAAAGAUAUACGAGAUUCUCGCCCGUGGAAGAACAUCUCACCCAUCAGACUUUUACCAGAAACCAGGUGACGUAGCAGGUGUAAGUAAAGAGGAAAUGCAACUUGUAUUAGCUGCACAGCAUAAAAUAUCAGAAAAUGACAGAAGCUUUACAGACGAUCCAACAAGAAGACCGAAUACACCUAGUGUUAGACCAGGAGACAAGAGAAGAGGUGCAGAGAGACUCCGAACAAUACGAAAAGAUCUUGAGGAUUACAUUCCAUCAGAGUACUUAGGUACUGAUAUGAAAUGAAAACAGCUGACAUCAAAACAUGAGUGAAAAGUGUUAAUCUUUGACGAUAAAGUAAAGAAGUUACAAAUAGUUUAUUACAUUGUCAGGAUGUUUUCUUUAAAAAAUAAUUUAUUGCCAUUUUACAGUAUUUUUUUUGUGAUUUGACAUUCACUUGUACUUACAAUUUUUGACAUUUAUACACGUAUCUUACAUCAGUCACGUACUGAUGACCUCAUGUUUUUAUUGGUAAUUAGCUUUAUUUAAAAAGAAGAAGAUACAAUACAAGUAUUGGUCCUAUUGAUUUUCUUAUUUCACCAUCUUAUAUAGAUAGAUAUGUUUGAAAGUAUUUAAAAGAGAGUUUAAAUGAUUUAUUAAAAAUAUACAGAUUAU